UUAAAGGGGAACGCCGGGAGCCUCCCUCUGGCCCCUUGCUUUGCUCUGCGCGCGCUCGCUCGCUCCCUCGCUCGCUCGCGCAGCCCCGCAGCACAGCUAAGACAGCUGCCCAGAGGUCGCACCCGAGUUUGUGCCCGAGGCCACUCUGCUCUGAGACAGCCGUCCCCUUGAACCGCAAGCACCGCUCCACCGAUCCCGAGCCCAAAUCCCAGCCACCAUGCUCCUACUCUUGUUGGGGAUCCUGUUCCUCCACGUCGCGGUGCUGGUGCUGCUGUUCGUCUCCACCAUCGUCAGCCAAUGGCUCGUGGGCAAUGGACAAACGACUGACCUCUGGCAGAACUGUACCACGUCCUCCCUGGGAGCCGUCCAGCACUGCUACUCAUCCUCAGCGAGCGAAUGGCUGCAGUCUGUCCAGGCCACCAUGGUCCUGUCUGUCAUCUUCAGCGUCCUGUCUCUGUUCCUCUUCUUCUGCCAACUCUUCACUCUCACCAAAGGAGGCCGCUUUUAUAUCACCGGAUUCUUCCAGAUCCUCGCUGGUCUGUGCGUGAUGAGUGCGGCGGCCAUCUACACGGUGCGGCACAGUGAGUGGCAUGCCAACAAUGACUACUCCUACGGCUUCGCCUACAUCCUGGCCUGGGUGGCCUUUCCCCUGGCCCUCCUCAGUGGCAUUAUCUACGUGAUCCUCCGGAAACGCGAAUGAGGCGCCCGACGCACCAUCGUCCGUCUCGGCUCUGAGCGCGCAUAGGGUGCACAGGGAGGGAGGAAGGAAACCAGAAAAACAAACCCGACAAACCAAAAAGAGCUAGCCCCAAAUCCAAACUCAAGCCAAACCAAACAGAACGCAGUUGAGUAGGGAUUGCUGUGGAUUGAAGAUGUAUAUAAUAUCUAUGGUUUAUAAAACCUAUUUAUAACACUUUUUACAUAUGUGUACAUAGGACUGUUUGCUUUUUAUGUUGAACGUCAGCCUCGUGUUGAAUCUUAAAGAACUCUACAUCCUAACACUAUAACUAAGCUCAGUAUCUUUGUUUUGUUUCUCAUCUUUUGUUUCGCUCAGACGUUAAAAUUCCACGUGGCCCCUUUCAUCUGAAAGCUCAUACCUCCCUCCCACUCAACCUCAUAGGAUAACCAAAGUGUGGGGGACCAACCCCAAAUGGCCAAAGGCCUUCACACUGUGGGUAACCUGGUACAUUAAGCAGGAAACACCCCACUGCCCAAAUCACUGUGUGGAGCCCUAAGCACUCACAGAUGAAGAAACGCCCUGACCGGAGCCCUCUGAAAAACAAUGGCUGGCGGCUCCUUGAAGCCUUGUCCCUGUAGGCACAGGCCAAGGGGCGCACACUUAAAUGAGACGUCAGAGACAAGGAGUCUGUGAAAUGGUGCUAUAGAUUUACCAUUCCUUAUUAUUACUAAUCAUUUAAACCACUCACUGGAAACUCAAUUAACAGUUUUAUGACAUACAGUAGAAUGGAGACCUGAGUAAUUGUGUGUGAUAGAAAUGGUUCAUAACCGCAUUUGUGCCUAGCUAGGCUGUUGUUAUUACCACAGUAAAUAAAUCUCAACGCCUCCGUCACUCCCACAGUUUUCUCGCGGUCGGAGCAGCAGAACAAGUGUCUAGACCCUUGGGACUGCGAGAUCCCUGGCUUUCUGGGUCUAGACUGUUCUGUGCCUCCACGGACUGUCUGGCGAUGACUUGUGCUGGCCACCAACUGUACAUGUAUAUACGGUGUCCUUCUGAUGCUAAGACUCCAGACCUUUUUUUUUUUUUUUCUUUUCUUUUGCUUGCUUUUUCUGAUUUUAUACCAACUGUGUGGACUAAGAUGCAUUAAAAUAAACAUCAGAGUAACUCA